AUGGCUCAUUCGGUAAGGAAACAUAGCGUUUUGAAUAUUUGUUUACGAUAGUUUCAGAGUCAUAGGCUGGAUUUCUGACUAAUUUAUUUUUUAGAUUAAUAUGCUGGAUCUGAUCAAGGCUUGUGAGAUCGAAAGUGAGCUCGACUUUCUCCAGGAGUCAUUUAUGCUCACUGAUGAGCAGAAGGAAGCUGUUCUUCAACAGCGCAUUAUUUUCUGGACGAACGCGAUGGCCGAAGAUAUUGAACGGGAGAAUCCGGUUGGAGUUGUUGAUGGCUUCAUGGAUAAUUGGACCGAUAAGCAACGUCGCCUGUUUAACGAAGACUGGGCCAAUGACGAUGGGCUGUACGAGGAACUCGAAGGAGUCGAUAAUCCUGAACCGUCAGAAAACCAAAUUGGUGAAGGGAGCAAGUGA